GUGCUGCUUUAUGAGCAAAUGCCGUAUCUCAUUGAAGAUCUGGUGCACAAUGAAACGGCUGCGAUGACCAUUGCUGCUGUUUUCAACAACAACGCUACCCUCACCAACACUAUCACUGCCGGUCAGAUCCGAGACACACUGCUGAUCAUGCAGCAAGGCUACAAGCACAGCACUGCCCUCAUGUCACUCCUGCGCACUAUGUUCAAGGGGGAAAGUGGGCCAUACCAGGUAUGUCUGCUGCAUG